AUGAAGCCAAAUGAAAGCAUUGUAACAGAAUUCAUCCUUGCAGGAUUCAUGGUCCACCCUGACCUCCAAGUCCCACUCUUCCUCUUCUUCCUUAUAAUCUAUGUAGCCACAAUAAUAGGCAACCUUGGGAUAAUCAUAGUGACCAGUGUGGAUACCCAGCUCCAGACACCAAUGUACUUUUUCCUAAGAAACCUCUCCAUUAUUGAUAUUGGUUAUUCAACUGCCAUUGCCCCCAAGAUGCUGACAACAUUUUUGGCAGAAAAGACAACCAUUUCCUUCAAGGGAUGCACAGUGCAAUUUUUCAUCUUUGCCGUCUUCAUAACCACAGAAGGUUGCCUUCUUGCUGUGAUGGCGUACGAUCGCUUCACAGCCAUCUGCAACCCACUGCUCUAUUUUGCUAUUAUGUCAAGGAAGCAUUGUACCAUAUUGGUGGUGGUUGCAUAUGCUUGUGGACUUACAAGUUCAAUUCUCCAGACUUCUUUUAUUUUUACUUUGUCCUUCUGCAGUUCAAAUAUCAUUAAUCAUUUUUUCUGUGAUGUUCCCCCAAUACUUAAGUUAUCCUGUUCAGACACCCAUGUCACUCACACUGUGCAUUUCAUUUUAUCCACUAUAAUUGGGCUGACAACUUUUCUCAUUGUCUUGGUCUCUUACAUCGCUAUUCUUUUUGCCAUCCUGAGGAUCAGCUCUGCUCAGGGCAGAUACAAAGCCUUCUCCACUUGUGCUUCCCACUUGACCACUGUCACUAUCUUCUUUGGAACCAUUAUCUUCAUGUAUAUACGGCCUGGUUCUACUUUCUCAAUAGAUCAGGAUAAAAUAGUUUCUGUGUUCUAUAGUCUUAUGAUCUCCUUCCUUAACCCACUUAUCUAUAGCCUGAGGAACAAAGAUGUGAAAGAUGCUUUUGGUAGGACCAUAGAGAAGGCAACAUUCUUCAAGUAA